AUGAAAGCAGAGACGAUGCCGACCCGACUAAACUAAACCGAGCAUAACCAAGCGACAAAAGUCAGUCCUUUUGUUCCUACACAAUGAUAGCGUAUCGAAAGCAUCUGUUGGCUCGAAACAGAGGCCACACGGGCGAAAAGAUAACUCUGCAGCCACCAACACCUGGAGAUGCAAAAGGAAAGCACACGCGUACAGCGGGUUUGUCCUCCUGCGUUCGGAGAUUAGCGAUGAAAUUCCGAUUCUACUCCAAUAAGACCAUGUUUUCCAUAAAAACAAUUGCUCUGGUUGUUCUAGCGUUGGUUUGUGUUGGGAUUUGGGACCGGUUCUUCUAUCGAACUGGCUGCGUUCGGCUCGGAGGAGACCAACCAUGGCUCCCUUCUCUUUCUUCACCGUUGUUACCACCGCCGCACCCUUCCACUUUUGCCGUUGUGAUCAACACCUACCGGCGACCAGAACGGCUGCGAAAGACCGUUCGACACUACGCCGAAACCUGCGGAAGGCGAUACGGCGUGGGCCGUGUAUUCGUGGUAUGGGCGGACCAACACAUCGAGCCGCCCACGGACGACUUCUUUUGGGGUACCGGUGGCCCUCCCCUGCGGGCCCUGCAGGGUUACAACAACGGCGACGACACCGCCACUGGUUCCGACGCGAACCGGGUCCCAGUGGAGGUGCUGAAAAAACACAAGAACUCCCUGAACGUACGGUUCGAACCCAUCCCGCAGCUCCAGACGCGGGCGGGGACCACUUCGGUCUUUAUGGUGGACGACGACGUACGGGUGGCCUGUCCCUCGCUGGUCGAGGCCUUUUCGGUCUGGAGGGAGAACCCCGACACGAUGGUUGGCUUUUACCCACGGCUCGCACUUCCGCCCAUCCGGAAGCAUGAUACCAACCCUUACGAUGCGCCGGCAGGGCACGGAGACCUCUUGUACCACCUCUGGCCGAAGGUGUACCUGGCACAAAAAUUCAACAUCAUCCUCACCAAGGCUAGUUUCCUGCACUCAAGGUAUUUGGAGCUAUACACGAGCGACGACUCCUUUCCGAGAGAAAUCAAGGACUACGUCGACGAACACAUGAACUGCGAAGACAUUGCCAUGUCCGUGCUGGUCGCAAACUAUACCAACCAAUACCGCACCACUAGCAAAGACCACACCGACGGUUCCACGCAAAACCCCUCUCGUCCAGUUCUGUACGUCGAGGGAAGCGUUUCCGAUGUGGGCAUGUUUGGCGGGAUCAGCUCUGGACCGGGACACUUUGCGACGCGCACAAAUUGCCUGAACGAGAUCACGAGCAUCGUUCGGGCCCGGGGAUGGGGAUCGCCGCUCGAGAGGGACUUUGACCUGGUGGAGAAUUCCUGUGGGCAGCACUCGCCCGGAUUUUGGUGGCAAUCUGCCCCCAGCAACUCCCUAGAGUGGCUGGGGCUGGUCAAUGUGUUGUCGUAAUGGUGAGCGCCAUGCGACAAAAAUGAAUGGGGUAAACUAUUAUUUUGGAUUGUUUUGAUCUACACUACGAGCAAGCAGUAGCAAAGAGAUGCUGUACUACACUUCAAGCUACUCAAUAAAAUAUACCGAUAGUUGUUGUUUUUGGAUACGCUACCGAUCUCGCUUGCUCCAUCCCUUCGUGUUUCAUUGUGCUAGAUUUGCUUCCUAUACUAAGUUAUCGAUUAGAUGAAAUUGCAGUUUAUUGAGUAGCAGGGACAAAGAAUGGCGGUGGGUCUUUGCACCAUGGAUCGUUGAUUUUCCGUGCUAUAACUCCAUUGUUCUACGUGCUGCCCGGUGCUUACAUCAUCCUAGUGUGCCUUUGAUGGAGUGAAUAAAUGAUUGAUUGAUUGAUUGAUUGAUUCAUACCGAUGCGAUUGAAUGCAACCUAUUCUGGCCGUCUGUCUGAUCGAGCAAAGCGAAAGGAAUCCAUGGCACUACCUAUCUUUAAUCUCUACCUAUAUCAGUUUUUUGUAGUGGUGACUCGAAGAUCCAACGUUGCAAGACGACAGCCCCGCUGUUUUCUCCCA